UCUCAGAAUCUCAGAAUCUCAGAAUCUCGGAAUCUCAGAAUCUCAGAAUCUCAGAAUCUCAGAAUCUCAGAAUCUCAGAAUCUCAGAAUCUCAGAAUCUCAGAAUCUCAGAAUCUCAGAAUCUCGAAAUCUCAGAAUCUCAGAAUCUCGAAAUCUCGGAAUCUCAGAAUCUUAG